AUGUCUAUGGGAGAAGAGGGGAGGAGGAAAGGGAAGAGGGAAGAGGGAAGGGGAGGAGGGGAGAGGGGGGAAGGACUAAAGAUAUUAGCCCAGGUAACUUGUGCAUUCAACGGAAGACAGAGAAUCUACAAAAGAGCUGAACCUGGACAGAACGUCACUCUGCUAUGUGGAAUUGGAAACAAGACAAAGAUCCUAGCUGUGGAGUGGAGCAAACAUGAUUUGGAUGGAGAAAAUGUUCUUUUGUUCAGAGAUGGUCGCUUUGAGUUAGACCAGCAGAAUCCAUCCUUUAAGAACCGGGUGGAUCUGCAGGACAGACAGAUGAAGGAUGGAGACGUGUCUCUGAUUCUGAAGAAUGUUUCCUGCUCAGCCGUGGUGGUGCUUCUGGACUGUGGAGGAAGGCGGGGAACCCACACAGAGCACAGACAGAACCAGAACCGGCUCCUGUGGGGGGCGCUCUGGGCUGGACGCAGCGCUCAUGGCCGAACACAGGAAGAGAGCAGGAGGCUGUGCAGCUUUACGGAGUCCCUGUGGAGGGCUGAGCUGGGCCUGCAGCCCCCCGGCCCCCCAGUCUGCCAGAACACAGAGUUAAUUGUCUUCCAGCGUGAAGCCGGGUCGCCAUGGAAACAAACGAUGCAGCCUCUGGAGUUCUCCGGCGCUCUGAUUCAUUCAGCCAUUCUGGGCCGGCUGAGCAGCGUGUUCCAGCGUCUCGGAGCCUCUCGGGCACAGCGCUGA